GCUUUCAAACACCUUACAAGGACAACCGAAAGGGAUGUGUGAUAUGUGAUAACAGGAGAACAGAUGGGUAGAUUUCAUCAUUAUCCUUAUAAUCAUCAUCGUCGUCAUCAUCAUAAUCAGUAUCAUCAUCACCACCAUCAUCAACACCAGAAGCAGCGGUAACACGCAGCCAACCUGCCGCGAGCGCGCCAUUAGAGAACAGGUGUUCCGUGCAUAUCGCCCAGCUUAAAAUGAGGUCAUUGUUCGGGCGGGACGUUAAUCAUUUCCAACGCUCAUGAUAUCUGCCAAUAAUUCCGGAAGAAGUUUAAGUCGCCGUUUAAAGAGAUAGAGGGAGAAAAGAAAAACGGAACAAAGCAUUUCGUUGAAGUUAACUCCACCCGAGUUUUCCCUCCUCAACACUAUGCCUGAGGUGCAGGAAGCGUCCCGAGCGCAGUCCCCCGUGACCUCUGACCCCAUCACUGCAGUUGGGGUGGUUGCGUCCAAAAACGGGGCACCUGCUGAUUUCUAUGUGGUUGCACAAACAACAGAUGGCUGUGAUGCUGACCUCUGGAAGGACGGCUUAUUCAAAUCCAAGGUCACACGCUUUCUCUGUUUCUCCAGAGCAUCCUCUCCACAACAUGUCCAUGAGGAGAGUGUGCUGGUGGACCUGAAACUUAUGGACCUCAAAGACUCCCUGCCAGCGGAUUUCACCCCUAUCCAAGAAACCAUAGACACCCAGCAACCUGCUCUGAGUAAGAAGAGGCUGUGUGUGAAGUUUGCUCCUCGUCUCUCCGUUGCCACAGCCGUGUGUGAGAUUCAGAUUCUCGGCCGCUCCAAACACACGCCCAGUAACUUCACCUUUAUAGGGGAGCUGAAUGGGAUGAGUAUUUGGUACAGGAUGGGAGACCUCCCUCAGACGCCCAGCCUGACGCUGGCCUCCAUGACCUUAGAUGGGCCUACUCAGCACAGGCCAACGUCAUCAUCAUUGGCCUCCAGUUUGACAAAGACUCGACCCGUCUACGAGCUUCCGCACUCAGGCGGCCUGUACACCAUAUCAGCUAUGGAUGGCAUUCCCUUCACCAUAUCUGAGAAGUUUGUCACCAAACGCCAAGAUGUGCAGCAAGGCAGUUUAAUGAGUAUUAGCAUCAAGUCGGCGGCAGAGAUCGAAGAGGAAUUCCAAUACACCUUUAGCACCGAGUACAGCUCUGCACCCUACCUGGCCUCCAGACACACCCAGAGCCAGCCAUGAAGCCAGACACCUGCAAGACACAGAGAGGAGCGUGGGAUAGCCAGAGAGGAUGCAGGGAUAGGCAGAGAGGAUUAUGGGAAAAAUGAAAAGCUAUAAUAUAGUUUGAAGAGUGCAGGCUUUUCCCCAUGAGCAUGUAUGCCUCUUUUCUUCUCUUCUCUUCUCUUCUCUUCUCUGUAUUUAAAAGGUAUUUGAAAGGUAUUUUGUGGAUCACACUAAAUAUUUUAUGUAAUUUUAACAUGUCAUGUGUUUUAAUUUUGUCUUGAUUUCAUUGUGGGAAAUUUCUUAGACUGAGAUAACUUGAAUGUCCUCCAAGAGGCAAUUUGUGGUACACCACAGAACAUAUAGACCAUUAAAGGCACAUCAGUAAACAUAUAGACCAUUUAAGGCACAUCUAUUAAUAGAAACAAUAAUAAUCCAAAUCAUCUAUAGCAGCCAUCAUAAACACCAUCACAGUCAAGGCAGACAUUUAAGGUGCAUUUCCACAACUGUAGACCAAUCAUGAAGGUAAAUAAAUAGUGAGCGUAUUACACAUCCCCUAUGCAUUCACAUUCACUAGUCUUAAUAGUAUUACACAUCCCCUAUGCACCUAUGCAUUCACAUUCACUAGUCUAAAUAGUAUUACACAUCCCCUAUGCACCUAUGCAUUCACAUUCACUAGUCUAAAUAGUAUUACACAUCCCCUAUGCAUUCACAUUCACUAGUCUAAAUAGUAUUACACAUCCCCUAUGCAUUCACAUUCACUAGUCUAAAUAGUAUUACACAUCCCCUAUGCACCUAUGCAUUCACAUUCACUAGUCUAAAUAGUAUUACACAUCCCCUAUGCACCUAUGCAUUCACAUUCACUAGUCUAAAUAGUAUUACACAUCCCCUAUGCACCUAUGCAUUUACAUCCACUAGUCCAUUGUGUUCCACACCCCAUGGCUACCACAUCCUGUCUAAUUGAGUUGUUGCCGUGGGGAUAAAUGAGUGUUUUGCUGGGUUGGGUCUGGCAUUGGGGUAUGUGUACCUCCGACCAGAGGGGAGUGACUAGAAGUCUGCUGAAUGGGGAUGGGAUGUAUGUGACCUUGACCGUCUGUAUCCUUGUGACCCUUGACCUUCUGUAUCCUUGUGACCCUUGACCGUCUGUAUCCUUGUGACCCUUGACCUUCUGUAUCCUUGUGACCCUUGACCUUCUGUGUCCUUGUGACCCUUGACCUUCUGUGUCCUUGUGACCUUGACCUUCUGUGUCCUUGUGACCUUGACCUUCUCAGUCAGCCUGGUCAGGUGCAUGUGGUACAGGUCAGCCUGCUGCUCCCCCGGGGUCCUCCCACAGGUGUCAACCAUUUUUCCCAAUUUGGAAUGUCCAUAACAGGACCCAAUACAAUAACAAAGGACGCUCUCAAUAAAUGAGUACGAAUGUUGCUAUCAACUUUAAA